AAAUAAGUUAUCAACAAAAAAGGCAAAGAGAAAAAAACAACCAACCAAAUGGAAUCUAGAAGUUAAGAAUAUUAACGACCAUGCAAAAUAUGCUUUCGCCAAAAGCCAAUCAAUUGUGCUCGAAUAUUGGUAGCUGUGAAACGGAUCAUCAUCACAAUCAAAUGCAUUCAUCAUCACAUGGUCAUGGGCAUUCGCACAACAAUGGCCAACAACAACAGCAGCAGCAACAACAACAGAUGCAUCAUCAGCAUAUGCAUCAACAUCAUCAGCACCAUCACCAGCAGCAGCAACAACAACAGUCACAGAUGCAAAUGCAGUUGCAGCAGCAGCAACAGUCAUCGCAUCACCAUCACAGCCAACAACAGGCGCAGCAACAACACCACCAACAUCAACACCAACAUCUGUCAUCGGUUAUGAAUCGACGUGGCAGCAGCAGUAGCGUCCUGCCACCACACAUGACACAGUUGUCACUCAGCAGUAGUGGUGGUGGCAACAAUGGCUCUGCUGCUGCCUCUGCCUCCAGUUGUCAACAACAUCCACCACCCCAUGUCAAACUAAGUCUGCAACCAAUAGAACGUUACGAUGACUCGUUGGCCUGCAGUUUGCCACCACCCUCACCGGCGCCCAACAGUGAUCGAUUUAUUGAUGGAACAUGUGUGGUCUCACCACCCAGUGGUCACAGUGAUGGCCACCCCGGUGAUGAUCAUUUGCCGCCCGCACAUCAUCAUCACCAUCAUCACCCACAACAACAGUCGCAGCACCACCACCACCAACAAACGUUGUCAUCUUCCACCUCGAACUCGUCAAUAUCAACCGGAGGUUUGGGUAACUGUUCAUCAUCAGUGGGGGCGGCAGGGGCAUCAGCUAUUGCCUGUGGACCAAUGAACGCCUCACUGCAGCGUGUCAGCCAUCAUGGACUGAAAUAUGGUGGUGCGGGACAGACAAUGCAGAACCUGCAGCGUUCUGCUUCGCCCAACACCAGCCGUUAUCGUCUGAAUGGUGAGCAUCAUCGUUAUCGCGAUUUGAAUACCGGUUCCAAUGCCUCCUCUUCCUCAUCCUCGAACACAAAUGCCACGGUAGCUGCAUCAGGGGUGUCAAGCCAAACGGGACGCUUUAUGAGUAACUCAUCGAGUCAUUAUUUGAAAAAUUGCCCCUCAUCGUUAGUGCCGAGCGAUACCUACAGCUAUUUGGCCUCGUCGGCCCAUACACCGGUCAAACGUUAUGUACCCACCCCACCACCUCCACAUGAGCUCUACCAGCAACAACAACAGAUGUUGCAACAGCAGCAUCAACAACAAUAUGCAGGUGGUCCAUCGGCUGUAACCACAACGAAAUGUGGACCUCAAUCCUCGUCUUCACCCAGUACACUGCCAUAUCGCAAUCGAAAUUUAAAAUGUUGUUCGUCGGAACAGCAGAUCGCUGGCAGCAGUGGCGAACUGCAACCUCUGUCUAGCCUGAAUCAAACGAAAGAACAUUACGCUUCAUCGCCCCGAAUACGAAGUAGCCAAUAUGGUGGACCCACGGCAAUUGGAGGUUCUAAACUGCCGGGCAAAGAUUCUCCGGUGGUUCAUCAUCAUUUGAUAAGUGGUGGUGAGGGUGGACAGGGUAUUAUGGCGGCAGCCCACACCUACAACAAGACCUUCAGUAUGAUGACCACCCAGUGUAGUGUGGUGAAUCAGCCGCAUAUGGUGGCCACCAUUACCGCCGUGGGCUGUGUCAGUUCUCCCCAGAGUAGUCUGAAUAUUACCAGUACCGUGGCACGAUCUCAGCUACCGCCACCCGUCUAUGGUAGCAAUCAGCGCAGCAUGGCCAGCGGCACUGGCAUAUGUUCGCUGAUUAACGAUAUGCAGGAAAUGUCUUCUACGCUAAGUGCCACAAUGUCACAGAAUGUCAGUGAUGUAGCCACAGCAGCGGUGGCGGGACUUUGUAGCACCAGUGGCCUGCGGAAAGACGAGUCAAGUUCGGCAGCCACGGGAAGCACAACCGGAUUGGUAUUAAGUUCAACGGCUGUGGGGAGUUCGACAACCUCCGCUGCCACCUGUUUACACUGCAAGACAGUGCGACGCACCACAGGUGUUCAUCAGACCACACAGACAACUGGUCCCAUUAGUCCAGUACCUCAAUUGAUGCCAACGACACCAUUGGCAGGGGCUGCAGUGGCGGGACCCAGUUCCAGUGGUUCUCUCAGUAGCACAAACACUGCCGGCAACAAUCAAAGAUAUUUGGAACAGCAGCUGGCGAACAUGUCAUCAUUAACACCCACCAAUGCCGCCAACACGACCACCACCAACAACAGCAACAACAUCACCAAUGAAAUGAACCACUUAACACCUCUAACGCCGCCAAAUGCCAGCGGUACCGGAGUCGGCGGUAAUGUUAUGGCGCCGGGACAACAACCGCUUGUCAACCGCAUGCUCAAUACCCAAAAGAAACAACAGCAGCAGCAACAACAACAGGAUCUGAUGGCAGAGCAAAUGUACAGUCAACUGAAAACGAGUACCAAUCAAAUGAUGCAGCAGGCCCAGCAGAUCAUCAAUGCGGAAUAUCAAAAUCAGCAGCAGUUCCAGCAACAACAGCAGCAGCAACAACAACAGCUUCAGCUACAGUUACAACAACAGCAGCAACAGUCGCCUCAACAGGCCCAGGCCUCAUCUAUGGAACAACAUUAUAUGGUACCCUCAGCUAUGCGCACCUAUCAGCCUCAACCUCAGGCCCAGGCCAUGCAAGCGAAUCCGCAACCAUCCGUACAACUUGCUCAGCAGCCACAGCUACAAAUACAGGCUGCACCGGCCACACAACCUCAGGGCCAACCCUCAGCCGCCGCUCUCAGCACAAUAAAUCAACAGCAGCAGCAACUACAACAGCGCUACUCGUGUAAAAAACGAUUCACCGAAUAUAUGCGUCGUGAGGUAAUGCGAUUCUUCGGCCUUGAACUUACCACCGAGGUUGAAGAUUUUGCCCUGUGGCAGGGUCGACAACGUCGUCUGGCCAUACGACGUUUUGGCACCCUGAAAACCGAAACCGCUGAAAUACCUGAAGGCUGUGCGCUGGACAACAAUGGCUCCGCGGCCGGAGGUGCCAAUCAAAAUUCCCAUUGUUCUGGUUUCAAUAAUGGCGCCCAACAUUCACACAAUCACUAUCACCACCAGCAGCAGGCACAGGCGGGUCAGCAGCAGCAACAACAUCAUCACCAUCACAACCACUCGCACAACCAUUCGCAUCAUCAUGCCUCGGAGAGGCCUGACAUUCUGCCCGACACAGCCGAUGAUGAUGACACCAGCAAUGGCAACGACAGUGUUGGUUCCGGUGGCAGUGGAGGUGUGUUAAGGCGCCGCGGCCACUAUCAGCGUGAUCAUUUCCAUCAUCCCUACUACAACAUAGACUUCCGAGCGGGCGAUCAUGUGGAACGCAAACCAUCCGUUAUGUCUAUGCUGGUUUCAGGCUGUAGCUAUUUGGUCAAUGCCCUCAACAAGCGGCAAAUGGAUUUCCGCCAGCGACGUCAAUGGUCACGCAGUUUUGCUCCCGCUCAUGUACAGAAUGUCCAGAAUUUGGAUGGAACGGCUGGGGCAAACAAUGAAAUCUAUGAGGGUGUUGCAGCCCUGAACGAUGAGGUCUUCUUCGAUUCACCAUCCGGCAUGGAUGCCAACAACACCGCAAACAAUGGCUCUUCCACAUCGGGUGCCGCUGGCACACCGGCCAACAGUAACAAUCCUAAUGGAAAUGCGGCGACGGCGGCAGCACGCUCUACCGCUGGACCGCAAAUAUUCAAUGGCGCCCAACAGGGUUGGCGUACCACCAACAACAGUACCAGCGUUAAUCACAACGAAGCGGCCAAUCUGCAACAGGCUGUGGUUUUACAUGGCUCCGUACAGGAUCAAGACAACUCCCCACAACAAGCGGUUCAGCAACAACCCCAAAUACCCGGCAUUCGUGCCAAUCGCAUUUCAUCACAAAUACUCGAUGGUGUUCUGGAGAACUCCCGUCGUCCGAUGGCGCAAAAAAUAAAACUAUUCUGUGUUAAUGAUCUCGAUGAUCGUACCGAUCAUAGACCCUUUUUCACCUAUUGGAUUAAUACUGUACAAAUUAUCGUAUUAUUUUUAUCGCUGCUGUGCUAUGGCAUUGGGCCGAUUGGCUUUGGGGUGGAACAGCGCACAGGCCAGGUAUUGGUCACCAGCCUCAGUUUACAAACGGUGCAGCAUACGGAACAGCGCAACAUAUGGAUAGGACCGCGUAAUCAGGAUUUGGUGCAUAUGGGUGCCAAGUUUGCCACGUGUAUGCGGCGUGAUGUAAAAAUUAUAGAUGUAAUGAUGAAGACCCGACGUCAGGAGCGUGAGACGGCCUGUUGUAUAAGGAAUGACGAUUCGGGUUGUGUACAAAGUUCACAGGCAGACUGUUCAGUGAGGGGGCUGUUUCCAACGAAAUCCAUAUCAACUUGGAAGAAAUGGUCACCCGGUGAAUCGGGGCCCGGCGGUCGCAUUUCGGGCUCUGUAUGCGGCCUGGAUCCCAAAUAUUGUGAUGCACCCGCCUCCAUUGCUCCGUAUGAAUGGCCCGAUGACAUUACCAAAUGGCCAAUAUGCCGUAAAACAAAUUCAUUCUCGCAACGUUUUCGUUUCAAAGAUCACACCGCUGAACAUAUGGUGUGCGAGGUCAUUGGUCAUCCCUGCUGUGCGGGUAUAUAUGGUGAAUGCCGCAUAACGACUCGGGAAUAUUGUGAUUUUGUAAAUGGUUAUUUUCAUGAAGAGGCAUCACUUUGCUCACAGAUCUCAUGCUUAAACAAUGUCUGCGGCAUGUUCCCAUUUGUAAAUGUCGAAGUUCCCGAUCAAUUUUAUCGCCUCUUUACAUCGCUGUGUAUGCACGCUGGCAUUUUGCAUUUAAUGAUAACCGUGAUAUUUCAACAUGUGUUCUUGGCCGAUUUGGAGCGUUUAAUUGGACCCGUCCGAACGGCCAUCUUGUAUAUAGGUUCGGGACUAGCUGGCAAUUUGACAAGUGCCGUCUUAAUGCCAUAUAAACCAGAGGUGGGUCCACUAGCAUCGUUAUCGGGUGUUAUAGCAUCACUGAUGGUACUAUUAAUAUUAUCGCAUUGGCAACAUCUGCAUAAACCGCAUGUGGCCCUGUUCAAGUUGAUGUUUGUGGGCGCCAUACUCCUCGCUAUUGGAACGCUGCCAUGGCAGCUGAAUUUUGCCGGUAUUUUUGCGGGUAUAUUCAGCGGUAUAAUUCUAACAAUAGCUUUAGUGCCAUUCGUUAGUGUCACCAAAUAUCGGCGUAAAUCAAAGAUAAAUUUAAUAUGGUUUUGUAUUAUAUUCCAUGUAUUCGUUUAUGCCACAAUGUUAUUAAUUUUCUAUAUGUUCCCCACUGAAUUAACCAAGCUAAGUUUUGGAGAGGUGCUCACGAAUAGUUUUAACAAUGGUGCUACGGGCGGUAGUGGUGUUGGCGCCGGCGGCGUUGGAACUGGCAACGGCGGCAUGGGUUCGCCGGGCAUUAGCACAACUGAUAUUAUGCGCACAGGCAUUUCAAACAGCAACAAUAACAAUAAUAACAACAACAAUAAUAAUUAUAAUCGUCAGUCAUUUAUGCAUCAGCAACAGCCGCAGUAUCACUACCACCAUCAAUCCGAUGAUAUAAUAAUCAAUAAUGUUGCCGCCGUGGCGACGGCAACCCUGGCACCCUACAUCCAGUAACGAAGAAUGCCCAAUGGUGAAUUUGACAACAGAUAGGAGAGAGCGCGCGC